GGCCGCCGCCGCCGCCGCCGCUGCUGCCGCCAGCCCGUCGAGAGCAGCCGCGGCCGGAACCGGAGUGGGGCCGGGAGUCGCGGCUGGCGUGGGAGCGGCGCGUGUGAGUUGCCGAGAGUCGCCGGUGCCGGAACACCUCAAACUCUGGGCGGGAGGGCUUCAGGUGAGCUGAGCCGCCUUCGCCCCUCAGCACUGCGCCCCCCAGGCCCAGACAGCAGGGCUGGGGGUCUCCCCUGUCGUGGGACUGGCUCCUUUCAGGCCGGGCCCUCAGAGUCGGGCUGCGGGUCGCCCUCGAUCUCGGGCUCUCUUCAGACUCAGGUCGGAGACGGGAGGACCGGGAUCAGCCCAGACCCCAGCCGGCUUCCCGGCCCCGGCAUUCUCUGGGCGGCCGGGAGCCCCAUCCUGCUCCCACCUCUCCAGACUGGGAGGGACUGGCGAGUUGCCACUGGCUAGCUCUGCACCUCUGCAAUUCAAGAACAAGUUUCUUUCCCCGGAUCUCCAAAAUAAGUAGCCUGUGUGUUCUUCCCCGGCUUUCUGAGGACACUUAGAAGUAUUGUCAGGGCUGAGACGCUCACGUUCUUGACUUGGAUUUGUAUCCGCUGUGGGAGAUAGGUUGCCCCUCUCCCCCCGCCCCUUUCCACUCAGUGACACUCCAUGCCCAUUCGGAUCACAAGCUCCCCGGCCAUCUCUAUGUGAUCUCUCCCAUCCCACCCCCACCCCGCCCCCAAUCUGAGUUCCAGUUUCCUCUGGGCUCCAGUCUCCAGCCCCCAGCGGUUCUGGUCAGUCCCACCCCUGGGUGGGAGUGACCAGGGGGCUCUGGCCCAGGAUACCCCACCCUGGAAGGCAGCUCCAAGGCAGCAAGGGAGUUGGGCGUCGGAUACGAACCUGGCAGCUCAGGAGUGGCCGCUCCGCUCACCCCGCACAAGAAGAUGAAAAAACGCAGAGAGCUCAAUGCGUUGAUCGGCUUGGCUGCGGACAGCCGGAGAAAGAAGCCCAAGAAGGGCGCCAGCAGCCACCGCCUGCUCCGCACGGAGCCUCCGGACUCGGACACGGAGUCCAGCUCUGAGGAGGAAGAGGAAUUCGGUGCGGCUGGAAACCGCUCCCGCUUUGUCAAGGGAGACUACUUACGAUGCUGCAAGAUCUGUUACCCACUCUGUGCUUUUGUCAUCCUCGCUGCCUGUGUUGUGGCCUGUGUCGGCUUGGUGUGGAUGCAGGUUGCUCUCAAGGAAGAUCUGGAUGCCCUCAAGGAAAAGUUUAGAACACUGGAAUCUAAUCAGAAAAGUUCAUUUCAAGAAAUCCCCAAACUUAACGAAGACCUACUCAGCAAGCAAAAACAACUUGAAAAGAUUGAAUCUGGAGAGCUGGGCUUAAACAAAGUCUGGAUGAACAUCACAGAAAUGAAUAAGCAGAUUUCUCUCUUGACCUCUGCAGUAAACCACCUCAAAGCCAAUGUUAAGUCAGCUGCAGACUUGAUUAGCCUGCCUGCCACUGUGGAGGGACUUCAGAAGAGUGUAGCGUCCAUUGGCAAUACUUUAAACAGCGUUCAUCUUGCUGUGGAGGCAAUACAGAAGACUGUGGAUGAGCAUAAGAAAACCAUGGAGCUACUGCAGAAUGAUAUGAACCAACACUUCUCAGCGGAGACCAGUGGAAGCAACCAGAUCAUUCCAUCACCUUCAGUUACAUCAGAACUGGACAAUAAGACCCACAGUGAGAAUCUGAAACAGGAUAUCCUGUACCUUCACAACUCUUUAGAGGAGGUAAACAGUGCCCUGGUGGGGUACCAGAGACAGAAUGAUCUUAAACUCGAGGGGAUGAAAGAGACAGUCAGUAAUCUUACCCAGAGAGUCAACCUGAUAGAAAGCGGUGUGGCUGUGAGCAAGGUAGAAAAGAGAGCAAACCUGUCCUUCACCACGAUGGAUGAUAGAGCUGCCACUCUGAAAAGAGAAUCUUUGGAUCAAGUAACCAACAGAACAGAACCAUUAAAAACCCAAAGCAUAAAGAAAGAAGAUAGUUCAUAUUCUCAGGUAUCCAAGCUAAAAGAGAAACUGCAGCUGAUCAGUGCCCUCACAAACAAACCUGAGAGCAACAGGCCUCUGGAGAACCCUGAUGAAGAGCAAGUUCAGAGUUCUACAUCAAAGCCAUCAGCAUUGCCAAAAUUUUCACAGUCUUUUGGUGACCAACUUAAGAAAGCUACCCAACCAAGACCUAUCUCCCUGCCAGGAAUUUCUAGCAUUGAAGAUCUUCAGGAUUUAUUCCACAAGACUGGCCAGGACGUGGAUGGGAAGCUGACCUACCAGGAAAUCUCACAGACUCUAGGUUCUGCCCUGCCAGAACCAGAGCGCUUGAGAACAUUUGAUUCUGACGGAGAUGGGAGAUACUCGCUCCUGGAGCUGAGAGUCGCUGUAGGUGUCUAGCUUCAUCAGGCUUGCUUCAGAAAUGGAGAUACACCCCGACUACCUAAAGGCUACUCACCUCACAAAAUAACCCUCCGCCUACCCAUCAGUCCUUCAGACCACUGUAGCAGACACAUUGCCUCCUUGUAACUUGUUUGAAGAAGCUAUAGAAAAGUUAUUUUUUUAAAAAAAGACCAUUUUACUUAUAUAAUGAUGUUCAGAAAUCUAUGAUUUCCUGAAGCCAGAUCUUACAUUUUUAAAUUUCCAAGAAAAAAGAAAUAAAACCUUCAUUUUUUUCUCUUUUUUUUGAGAGGAAGAAACUUUACCUUUUAAAACUGGGAAAUGUGUAUAUAGAGAGAAUAAGCCACCUUUUAUAUUUCACAUAAAUUUGCCUUAAAUUAGCUGCACUUUAUAGAGACUCGGAAAAUGUCUUUCCUUUCAAAGACAGGCCUUUUCUGUUUGUAACUUUACAACAAAAGGAAGGACUGUGCGUAUUGUGUGGAAAAUAGGAAGAGUGGUUUUGAACAAAUGAUUUGUUAUAAGAAUCGCUUAUCUGCUCUGGGUCGCAGCUGAAACUGUGUCCGUGUCUCCUGAAAGCGUCCCCCAGGUGCUGCCCGGGUGUGGCCUGGGAGCUGGGGAGCAGAAUCAGGGAGUAAACGCUGUGGGGGGCGCGCUGGCUCCAGGCUCAGGAAAGGAGGAGUCUGAUUCUCUGUUCCCUCCGCUAAUCCCGCCCCGGAAACCAGAGAACUUUUGGGGUGGUGGUGGGGUUCUUAUUUUUAAUCCUGUUUUAGGUUUAUGAACCAGUGGGAGCGACUCCCCUGCCGGGUCUCCCCCACCGGGUGGACUGGAUUGUGCUCCCCCACUGCCCACUCCAGUCUGUUUAAAGCUGUUGAAAGCUCCCUGCUCUGGGACCAGCUCCGUUCUAAAUGGCAGCACUGAAGUCUCCCGGCCACUGACCGCCUGGCCAGCGGAGCCUUAGAGGACAGCCAUGCCUUUCGUUUUGACCCAGAAACCACACCCCUCAAGAUCUCUCCUGGGGGCUAAGCGGGAACCUGACACAUUUCUCUAUUGGAUGAGUAAGGCCAAAACAGUGGUGAAGUGAGACACGGGAAGUCGUAUUCCAUUUCCUUAGACCUGCCAGCUCAGAGGAUGCCCACAGCAGGGGCGUUCACGUGAUGAUAGCAAGUUGUUUUCAAAGUGAAUUCCAGCAAGCAUGAUCCUUCACCCUUUAAACACUUCCGCGGACCUGGCUCGGAGGUCCCUGAGCUGGAGGGAGUAAGACUUCCAUGUCCCCUGCAUGUCGAGUCUGGACUUGCUGUGUGGUCCUAGAAGCAGUUCUGGGGCAACACAGUAAGGAAGAAACCAUGAAACCUAACGUUGCUGUAGGCCAAGUGAGGGGAAGCAAGGAAGCUCUCAUGGCACCAGAUUCUUGAGUAGCGAUCGAUUCCGUUCUAACUUUGUCCACGUGGCUGGAUCAGCUGUCGGGUGGUGUAGUCCCCUUCAGCCUUUCGGGGCUGGUUUUGGUUUUUGCUUUGUUUUGUUUUCUUUACACAAUGUUCAUCUUGGUGUUGGCCAGCCUUACAUUUUUUUUCUAGAAGUAUUAAAGUUUAGCUUCAGCAGGGGGAAGUCUUUUCCCGUGGAUGUGUCUUUUCUCAUUAUGGCUUAGGCAUCUCCUUUUUUUAUUUCUUUGUUCCUUAACAUUGCCUUUGCCUAUCUGUGCUAUUUCACUCUCUCAUAAAAGUUCAAAUAUAAUAUAAAAUUAACCUGGCACUUUAGGAAACAUGAAGAUAAUUCUUAUUCUUCUGGCUGCCUUCCAUCCCCCCUCCCAUUUUUUAAUAUAUACACCCUUACUGAUUUUGUAACAACCAAAUAAAGUUCUAGCAAUAAAUUGAAUUAUACUGCUGUAUUUGUAUAUACUGUACCAUAAAUAGUAUGUCUGUACCUGGAAAGUUUUUUUUGAGAACUGAUUUAUAUGAAAUAUACUUGAGGGUAAUGUAGCUUGUCAUUUUUAGUUUCAAAUUCUUAUUCACUGGCAGAUACUUUCCGGACACCUUAACUCUUUGUUGUCUGUGCAUUUCUUUUGCAUCACAGAAUUGUGUAAGUGGAGAAGUCAUUUUGGUUUUUUAGCUUCUCUUCUGUCCUUCCCACCUCAAGCUUGUGUGGCCAGCCUCAUCCCUGAGCCAGUGUGCAGUGCCGUGCUCACCCCUCCCACGCCUGGGGAGGCGUUCUCGCUGCACUCGGGCCUGUCGAGACCCUCGGCCUGCCUGAGACACUGCCUCAGCUCCAGGCAGAGGUGGCAGGUUUCGAACUCUCUUGUUCGAAGUUGAAGUUCAGCAGCUUGAGCAAAGAGCCCCAUAAGCCUUCUUCGUGUUAAUUUGGGGGUUCUAUUUGUUGUCUUCACUUACCCAGCCUGUGAUUUGCUCUGACCUAUAGUCAGACCUCACCUGCGCCACCUCAGCUGUGACAGGGAGGUUGGGUAAUGGCGAGUUUGGUUGCAGUUUUGAUUUUGCUUUUAAAUCUUACCUUUGCCAACUGGCAGUUCCUCCUGCUGCUUUGCUACGUUCCCCAUAGCCCUAUUCUUGGUCCUGUUUUCUUCGUGCCUUGUACUGUCUGGUAUACUGUGUGUGCAGAGAGCCUCCCCGUAAAUCCCAGAGGAAAAAGGUCACAUAGAGAGAAGCACCAAAAGAAUCGAGAGCCUGGUUUUGAGAUGACUGCCGUGGCCUCUGCAGGGCACAGGGGUGCCUGGCGUGCAGGGCUGGGGCUCGUGCAGCGGAGUGGGCGGGCGCACGCUUCACCUGCUGCUGGCUGUUUGGCCCCCCUUGCCGGUCCCACUGGUCACAGUGGAGGGUUUUGACUGCGAUGGGCUCAUACACCUAAUGGCCUGUUGUUCUCAGUGACAGGUUUUGUUUGCUGCACACCUCAUUGGCUCGCUUACCAGCACCAUCUAGAUGCGGUCUCUUCUUUCGUAUACAAACUGGAACACAUUUGGGUAUUCCUGAGACUUGUAGAGCGUGGAUUGUUUGUUAUACGAACUGAACCUACCUUGCCAUUUUCUCAUAUUAAGAAAUAUAAAUCUGCUUUGUCUUACUGGAGCUAUUUUGGUAAUUAUAUGUAAUUUUGAUUGUUUGGGAAGUGAAUUCAAGGUUUGUGACUUGAUUUGAGUUUUGCUUAUUGCAUAUCAGUAAUUCACCCAUUUUUAAUUUAAAUAAAACAUUUCCUUUUUCUCUCA